GGCGCCCGUAGUCUCGCGGGAAGGCGGGCGGCCGCUCCCCGUGUCAGUCCUGGAGGCAGGAUGGCUUUGAUGUUGGACGCGGAGUAUCUUCUGGAAGCCAGCAGAACAGUCUGUGUGUGUGGACUCCACUGACCCACUUGCUGGCACAUUUUACUUCUUUCUUUCCCUUUUUCUUUUCUUUUCCUUUUUUUUUUUUUUUUUUUUUUUUUUUCCGUGGGAGAGUUACUUCAAGUUGUGUUUGGAGCUGACGUGAGUGAAAGGCUGGUCAUGUGCUCGGGUUCCUGUGACAGGGCGGCCCGUGAGCAGAUGAGGAGGACUGGCUUUUAACCUUGGUGGCCAUCGAGAGGGAGAUUGUUGGGGCCCAAGAGCCCCCAGACGCUCGCCGCCAUGUCGGGGUCCACGCAGCCUGUGGCGCAGACGUGGAGGGCCACCGAGCCCCGCUACCCGCCCCAUGGCAUUUCUUACCCUGUGCAGAUCGCCCGGCCCCACACGGACGUCGGGCUGCUCGAGUACCAGCACCACCCCCGUGACUAUGCCUCGCACCUGUCGCCCGGUUCCAUCCUCCAGCCGCAGAGGAGGAGGCCCUCCCUGCUGUCCGAAUUUCAGCCUGGGAACGAGAGGUCCCAGGAGCUCCACCUGCGACCCGAGUCCCACUCCUACCUGCCCGAGCUGGGCAAGUCAGAGAUGGAGUUCAUCGAGAGCAAGCGCCCUCGCCUGGAGCUGCUGCCGGAUCCCCUGCUGCGGCCCUCACCCCUGCUGGCUGCGGGCCAGCCUGGGGGCUCGGAGGACCCGUCCAAGGACCGCAGCCUGGCGGGCAAGCUGGAGCCCGUGUCUCCCCCCAGCCCGCCGCACGCCGACCCCGAGUUGGAGCUUGUACCUCCGCGGCUCUCCAAGGAGGAGCUGAUCCAGAACAUGGACCGGGUGGACCGCGAGAUCACCAUGGUGGAGCAGCAGAUCUCCAAGCUGAGGAAGAAGCAGCAACAGCUGGAGGAGGAGGCCGCCAAGCCCCCGGAGCCCGAGAAGCCCGUGUCGCCGCCGCCCAUCGAGUCGAAGCAUCGCAGCCUGGUGCAGAUCAUCUACGACGAGAACCGGAAGAAGGCUGAAGCCGCCCAUCGGAUUCUGGAAGGCCUGGGGCCUCAGGUGGAGCUGCCCCUGUACAACCAGCCGUCCGACACCAGGCAGUAUCAUGAGAACAUCAAAAUAAACCAGGCGAUGCGGAAAAAGUUAAUCUUGUACUUCAAGAGGAGGAACCACGCUCGGAAACAAUGGGAGCAGAAGUUCUGCCAGCGCUAUGACCAGCUCAUGGAGGCCUGGGAGAAGAAGGUGGAGCGCAUCGAGAGCAACCCCCGGCGGCGGGCCAAGGAGAGCAAGGUGCGCGAGUACUACGAGAAGCAGUUCCCCGAGAUCCGCAAGCAGCGCGAGCUGCAGGAGCGCAUGCAGAGCAGGGUGGGCCAGCGGGGCAGCGGGCUUUCCAUGUCGGCCGCCCGCAGCGAGCACGAGGUGUCCGAGAUCAUCGAUGGCCUCUCCGAGCAGGAGAACCUGGAGAAGCAGAUGCGCCAGCUGGCCGUGAUCCCGCCGAUGCUCUACGACGCUGACCAGCAGCGCAUCAAGUUCAUCAACAUGAACGGGCUCAUGGACGACCCCAUGAAGGUGUACAAGGACCGCCAGGUCAUGAACAUGUGGAGCGAGCAGGAGAAGGAGACCUUCCGGGAGAAGUUCAUGCAGCACCCCAAGAACUUCGGCCUGAUCGCAUCGUUCCUGGAGAGGAAGACCGUGGCCGAGUGUGUCCUCUAUUACUACCUGACCAAGAAGAACGAGAACUACAAGAGCCUGGUGAGGAGGAGCUACCGGCGCCGCGGCAAGAGCCAGCAGCAGCAGCAGCAGCAGCAGCAGCAGCAGCAGCAGCAAAUGCCCCGGAGCAACCAGGAGGAGAAGGAUGAGAAGGAGAAGGACAAGGAGGCUGAGAAGGAAGAGGAGAAGCCCGACGUGGAGAACGACAAGGAGGAGCUGACCAAGGAGAAGACGGACGACACCUCUGGGGAGGACAACGAUGAGAAGGAGGCAGUGGCCUCUAAAGGCCGGAAAACUGCCAACAGCCAGGGGAGACGCAAAGGCCGCAUCACCCGCUCCAUGGCCAACGAGGCCAACAGUGAGGAGGCCGUCACCCCACAGCAGAGCGCCGAGCUGGCUUCGAUGGAGAUGAACGAGAGCUCUCGCUGGACGGAGGAGGAGAUGGAGACCGCCAAGAAAGGUCUUCUGGAACACGGCCGGAACUGGUCGGCCAUCGCACGGAUGGUGGGCUCCAAGACCGUGUCUCAGUGUAAGAACUUCUACUUCAACUACAAGAAGAGGCAGAACCUGGACGAGAUCCUGCAGCAGCACAAGCUGAAGAUGGAGAAGGAGAGGAAUGCGCGGAGGAAGAAGAAGAAAGCCCCGGCUGCCGCCAGUGAGGAGGCCGCCUUCCCGCCCGCGGUGGAGGACGACGAGAUGGAGGUGUCAGGAGGGAGCGGGAACGAAGAGGACGUGGCAGAGGAGGCAGAAGCCUUACACGCCUCUGGGAACGAGGUGCCCAGAGGGGAAUGCAGUGGCCCAGCCACCGUCAACAACAGUUCUGACACCGAGAGCAUCCCCUCCCCCCGCGCCGAGGCCGCCAAGGACGCGGGGCAGAACGGGCCCAAGCCCCCGCCUGCCCCAGGCGCCGACGUGCCAGCCCCUGAGCCGCCCACACCACCGCCAGAGGAUGCGCUGGCCCCCGCCGAGCCCGCCCCGGCCCCCGAAGCCGCCGGCCCGCCCACGCCCCCACCGGCACCCCCAUCGCCCACCGCACCCCCUCCUGUGGUCCCCAAGGAGGAGAAGGAAGAAGAGGUUGCCACGGCCCCCCUGGUGGCAGAGGAGGAGGAGCAGAAGCCCCCCGUGGCCCAGGAGCUGUCCGUGGACGUGCGCAAGCCAGAAGAGCCUGCCGAGGCACCCCCCACAGAGCCCAUCAAGAGCGAAUGCAAAGAGGAGGCCCCGGAGGACGGGCCCCACAAGGGCAAAGGAGGCCCUGAGGCCAGCGUGGAGGCCGCCCCCGAGGGGGCCCUCAAGGUGGAGAAGAAAGAGGGCGGCGGCCCUGGGGGCAAAGCCCCCACGACCAAGGGAGCAGGGGCCCCCCAGGACAGCGACUCCAGCGCCACCUGCAGUGCGGACGAGGUGGAUGAGCCCGAGGGCGGCGACAAGAACAGGCUGCUGUCACCACGGCCCAGCCUCCUCACCCCGAGCAGUGACACCAGGGCCAACGCCUCCCCCCAGAAGCCGCUGGACCUGAAGCAGCUGAAGCAGCGGGCGGCCGCCAUACCCCCGAUCCAGGUCACCAAAGUCCACGAGCCCCCCCGGGAGGACGCGGCUCCCCCUGCCCCCCCGCCGCCACAGCACCUGCAGCCGGAGAACGACACCCCCCAGCAGCCCGGCAACAGCCCCCGAGGCAAAAGCAGGAGCCCCGUGCCUCCUGCUGAGAAGGAGGCAGAGAAGCCUGUGUUCUUCUCGGCCUUUGCAGCUGACGGCCAGAAGCUGCCCACAGAGCCUCCGUGCUGGACGUCGGGCCUGCCCUUCCCUGUGCCCCCUCGUGAGGUGAUCAAGGCCUCCCCGCACGCCCCUGACCCCUCGGCCUUCUCCUACGCCCCGCCUGGUCACCCACUGCCCCUGGGCCUCCAUGACAGCGCCCGGCCCGUCCUGCCUCGCCCACCCACCAUCUCCAACCCGCCGCCCCUCAUCUCCUCCGCUAAGCACCCCAGCGUCCUCGAGAGGCAAAUGAACGCCAUCUCCCAGGGAAUGUCGGUGCAGCUCCACGUCCCUUACUCAGAGCACGCCAAGGCCCCUGUGGGCCCCAUCACCAUGGGGCUGCCCCUUGCCAUGGACCCCAAGAAGCUGGCGCCCUUCAGCGGAGUGAAGCAGGAGCAGCUGUCCCCGCGGGGCCAGGCUGGGCCCCCGGAGAACCUGGGGGUGCCCACAGCCCAGGAGACAUCUGUGCUGAGAGGGACGUCUCUGGGCUCGGUUCCGGGAGGAAGCAUCACCAAGGGCAUCCCCGGCACGCGGGUGCCUUCUGAGAGCCCCAUCACGUACCGUGGCUCCAUCACCCACGGCACCCCGGCCGACGUCCUGUACAAAGGCACCAUCACCAGGAUCAUCGGCGAGGACAGCCCGAGUCGUCUGGACCGCAGCCGGGAGGACAGCCUGCCUAAGGGCCACGUCAUCUACGAGGGCAAGAAGGGCCACGUCCUGUCCUACGAGGGUGGCAUAUCUGUGUCCCAGUGCUCCAAGGAGGACGGCAGGAGCAGCUCCGGACCCCCGCAUGAGACGGCCGCCCCCAAGCGCACCUACGACAUGAUGGAGGGCCGCGUCAGCAGGGCCAUCUCCUCUGCCGGCAUCGAAGGUCUCAUGGGCCGGGCCAUCCCGCCGGAGCGACACAGCCCCCACCACCUCAAGGAGCAGCACCACAUCCGAGGCUCCAUCACACAAGGGAUCCCGCGGUCCUACGUGGAGGCCCAGGAAGACUACCUCCGUCGGGAGGCCAAGCUCCUGAAACGCGAGGGCACGCCGCCACCGCCCCCGCCCCCACGGGACCUGGCUGAGGCCUACAAGGCCCGGCCCCUGGAGGCGCUGGGCCCCCUGAAGCUGAAGCCGGCCCACGAGGGGCUGGUGGCGACGGUGAAGGAGGCCGGCCGCUCCAUCCACGAGAUUCCCCGGGAAGAGUUGCGGCGCACGCCCGAGCUGCCCCUGGCCCCGCGGCCGCUCAAGGAGGGCUCCAUCACGCAGGGCACCCCGCUCAAGUAUGACACUGGCCCGUCCUCCGCCGGCUCCAAAAAGCAUGACGUGCGCUCCAUCAUCGGCAGCCCCGGCCGCACGUUCCCGCCCGUGCACCCGCUGGACGUGAUGGCCGACGCCCGGGCGCUGGAGCGCGCCUGCUACGAAGAGAGCCUGAAGGGCCGGCCGGGGGCAGCCGGCAGCUCGGGGGGCUCCAUCACCCGGGGGGCCCCGGUCAUCGUGCCUGAGCUGGGCAAGCCGCGCCAAAGCCCCCUGGCCUACGAGGAGCACGGGGCGCCCUUCGCCGGCCACCUCCCACGCGGCUCGCCGGUGACCACACGGGAGCCCACCCCACGCCUGCAAGAGGGCAGCCUCUCAUCUAGCAAGGCAUCCCAGGACCGGAAGCUGACGUCCACGCCCCGGGAGAUCGCCAAGUCCCCCCACAGCGCCGUGCCUGAGCACCACCCCCACCCCAUCUCGCCCUACGAACACCUGCUUCGGGGCGUGAGCGGUGUGGACCUGUACCGCGGCCACAUCCCCCUGGCCUUCGAUCCCACCUCCAUACCCCGCGGGAUCCCUCUCGAUGCAGCCGCGGCCUAUUACCUGCCCCGACACCUGGCCCCCAACCCCACCUACCCGCACCUGUACCCGCCUUACCUCAUCCGCGGCUACCCCGACACGGCGGCGCUGGAGAACCGCCAGACAAUCAUCAACGACUACAUCACCUCGCAGCAGAUGCACCACAACGCGGCGACCGCCAUGGCCCAGCGGGCUGACAUGCUGAGGGGCCUCUCGCCCCGCGAAUCCUCUCUGGCACUCAACUAUGCCGCUGGCCCUCGAGGCAUCAUCGACCUGUCCCAAGUGCCACACCUCCCCGUUCUGGUGCCCCCGACCCCGGGCACACCGGCCGCCGCCGCCAUGGACCGCCUUGCCUACCUCCCCACAGCGCCCCAGCACUUCAGCAGCCGGCUCAGCAGCUCCCCGCUCUCCCCAGGGGGUCCCACUCACUUGACGAAACCCGCCACCACCUCAUCGUCCGAGAGGGAGCGGGAGCGCGACCGGGAGCGCGACCGGGAGCGUGACCGGGAGCGCGAGAAGCCGGUCCUCACGUCCGCCACCACCGUGGAGCACGCGCCCAUCUGGAGACCUGGUACGGAGCAGAGCAGCGGCGGCAGCGGCGGCGGAGGGGGUGGGGGCGGCAGCGGCAGCGGCCGCCCCACCCCCCACUCCCACCAGCACUCGCCCAUGUCACCCCGGGCCCAGGACACCGUCCAGCAGAGACCCAGCGUGCUGCACAACACGGGCAUGAAGGGCAUCCUCACCUCCGUGGAGCCCAGCACGCCCACGGUCCUGAGGUGGGCCAGGUCCACCUCUGCCUCCUCGCCUGUCCGCCCGGCCGCCACAUUCCCACCCACCACCCACUGUCCUCUGGGUGGCACCCUGGACGGGGUCUACCCCACCCUCAUGGAGCCUGUCUUGCUGCCCAAGGAGGCCCCAAGGGUCGCCCGGCCCGAGCGGCCCCGUGCGGACGCUGGCCACGCCUUCCUUGCCAAGCCCCCAGCCCGCUCUGGGCUGGAGCCCGCCUCCUCCCCCAGCAAAGGCUCCGAGCCGCGGCCCCUGGCGCCCCCCGGCUCCAGCCACACGGCCAUCGCCCGCACCCCAGCAAAGAGCCUCGCACCCCACCACGCCAGCCCGGACCAGCCUGCGCCGCCCGCCUCGGCCGCGGACCCGCACCGGGAAAAGACUCAAAGUAAACCCUUUUCCAUCCAGGAAUUGGAGCUCCGUUCUCUGGGUAAGACCACCCUGACAGCGGCCACCUUCAUAGACGCGAUAAUCAUGCGUCAAAUUGCUCACGAUAAAGGGCCGCGAGAAGGAGGUUCGCUGGCCAACGACUCCCCUCGCGAUGGUUACCACGGCGGCAGCUACAGCCCCGACGGGGUGGAGCCCGUCAGCCCCGUGAGCUCGCCCAGCCUGACCCAUGACAAGGGGCUCCCCAAGCACCUCGAGGAGCUCGACAAGAGCCACCUGGAGGGGGACCUGCGGCACAAGCAGCCAGGCCCCGGAAAGCUCAGCGGUGAGGCCGCGCACCUCCCACACCUGCGGCCGCUGCCCGAGAGCCAGCCCUCGUCCAGCCCGCUGCUCCAGACCACCCCCGGGGUCAAAGGUCACCAGAGGGUGGUCACCCUGGCACAGCACAUCAGCGAGGUCAUCACACAGGAUUACACGCGGCACCACCCGCAGCAGCUCAACGCACCCCUCCCGGCCCCCCUCUACUCCUUCCCUGGAGCCAGCUGCCCGGUCCUGGACCUGCGCCGCCCCCCCAGUGACCUCUACCUCCCGCCCCCGGACCAUGGCGCCCCGGCUCGCGGCUCACCCCACAGUGAAGGGGGCAAGAGGCACCAUGUGUUAACCGGGAUGCUCACCACAACCCCAGGAAGUGUAGGCGGUAUUGUCCCCAUGUCACCGGUGAAAGAACUGAGGUCUCCAGAGCCCAGCAAGACGUCCGCCCUGGGCAGCAGUGAGGAUGCCAUCGAGCCCGUGUCCCCACCCGAGGGCAUGGCAGAGCCUGGGCAUCCCCGAAGCGCCAUGUACCCGCUGCUGUACCGGGACGGGGACCAGGCAGAGCCCAGCAGAAUGGGCUCUAAAUCUCCAGGCAACAGCAGCCAGCCGCCGGCCUUCUUCAGCAAACUGACCGAGAGCAACUCCGCCAUGGUCAAAUCGAAGAAGCAGGAGAUCAACAAGAAGCUGAACACCCACAACCGGAACGAGCCAGAAUACAAUAUCGGCCAGCCCGGGACGGAGAUCUUCAACAUGCCCGCCAUCACCGGAGCAGGCCUUAUGACCUGCAGAAGCCAGGCGGUGCAGGAACAUGCCAGCACCAACAUGGGGCUGGAGGCCAUUAUUAGAAAGGCGCUCAUGGGUAAAUAUGAUCAGUGGGAGGAGCCCCCGCUCAGCGCCAACGCUUUUAACCCUCUGAAUGCCAGUGCCAGCCUGCCCGCUGCUAUGCCCAUAACCGCUGCUGACGGACGGAGCGAACACGCACUCACCUCGCCAGGUGGUGGCGGGAAGGCCAAAGUCUCUGGCAGACCCAGCAGCCGCAAAGCCAAGUCCCCGGCCCCGGGCCUGGCGUCCGGGGACCGGCCGCCCUCCGUCUCCUCGGUGCACUCGGAGGGGGACUGCAACCGCCGGACCCCACUCACCAACCGCGUGUGGGAGGACCGGCCCUCGUCCGCAGGUUCCACACCGUUUCCCUACAACCCCCUGAUCAUGCGGCUGCAGGCGGGUGUCAUGGCCUCCCCACCCCCGCCUGGCCUCCCCGCGGGCAGCGGGCCCCUUGCCGGUCCCCACCACGCCUGGGACGAGGAGCCCAAGCCGCUGCUCUGCUCACAGUACGAGACGCUCUCCGACAGCGAGUGACCGACAGAACGGGCUGGGGGGCGGUGCCGGGGCCCAGCCAGCGGCCAGAGCAGCCGGGCAAGGAGGGGGCCGCUGCCGACCCCCCCCCCCCCCACCGAGGAAGGAGCCCCUGAGUCUGCCUGCGCGCCUGUCCGUCCGUCCGUCCAGAGCCGGCAUCCUUGCCUGUCUAAAGCCUUAACUACGACUCCCGCCCCGGGCUGGCCCUGUGCAGUGACCUUACUCAGGGGAUGUUUACCUGGUGCUCGGGAGGGGAGGGGCCAGGGAGGGGGCGCGGCGGCGUGUGGCGGCCACACGCACGCAGCCGGGGCGGCCAGGGACCCAAAGCAGGAUGACCACGCACCUCCCAUGCCACUGCCUCCCCCCUUAACGCAUUUGGAACCAAAGUCUAAACUGAGCUAGCAGCACCCUCCCUCCGUCCCCAUUCCGCUUAUCGCUCUGGACAGACGGACACAGGCGCUGUCCAGCCCCCGGCGCGCUCGUCCCCGGUCAGCGAGACUGCCGCCGACCCAGUGAGGCCAGAUGGGCGGGCGAGAGGGCCAGGUGGGGUCUGGGGCGAGCGGAGGCUCGGAGGGACCGGGCCGUUUGUUCUCACACAUGGUCGCCGCGGCGGUGGGAAGGAAAGGCAGGUGUACAUGAUGUAUUGGUUUACAGGGUAUAUUUUUGAUACCUUUGAUGAAUUAGUUGAGAUGUUUUACGCGAGGAAGGACUUGACCCAGUAUUAUUGCUGCUGUGCUCUUCCAUCUCUGCUUACCGUUCAGGAGGCGUGUGCAGGCCGCCAUCGGUGACCCCAUCGUCCGCGGGCCUGAGGGGGCCGGGGGCUGCCGGCUCGCUGGCGCCCCUUCGUCCUCCCCCCCCGCCCUUCCUUGGGCAGAAGGAAUUUGAUGGGUAUUCUGUGACCGCCAUCUGCGCACGGCGGUGGCAUUCUGUCAUUUACACACGUUGUUCUCAUUAAAAAGCGAAUUAUACUCGA